AUGGCAAGUCUACUCGCCGGUCCAGCGACUUGGAAGCCUGAAGAAACUCCACCUGUCCUGCCAGAGACAGAAAUGGAUGCUGUGGUUCUCGAGAACGAUGUUAACGAGGCUUGGGAAGAUGUCCCUGAACCUCAUGACAAUUGCUCUCCCCAAUCUCCUUCACAAUCCACACCGAGUCGUCGUACCCAGCCUGAUCUUACAUCUACUCGCUUGUAUGACAGCUGGAAAGCUCUUAUUCCUACACUAGUUGAGAUCCAACUAGACUACACUGCACGGACACUAGGCGUGCCUCUCGAACGAACGCCAAAGCACUCAUGUGAUGCUGUCAAUGCACUUGCGUCUGCACUUCACACGCACUACGUCCGACGAGGAUACCGAAUAACAAAUGCAAAGGGUGAAGUUAUUCAAGAACCUUUCUGCCGGAGUCUAGGUCAUGCUAUUCAGUGGUUCGAUGUCCUGCAGAUAGAGGUCGAGCGCCAGUUAGAAGCGGCCAUACAAACUUGUCAUGAUUGUGUAGAAGCUUCACGAGCAACUCCUGCGCAUCUGCAAUCACCUGGAGCCAGAGAAGAGAAGGGACUGCGGGAGCGCUGCACAUCCAUCCUCAUACAACGCUGUCCAGCUUGUUUUGGGGCGGGAGAUUCACCACAUUUUUACGACCCUUCUUAUUUCCUUCCAAAGGUGCAGGUCGACGCUAUCGGUCAUCAUAUCACUCGAAGUCACAAGUCCGCGCCUAAGCUGCACGUAUCGCAUGUGCCAGACGAGGUGAUCAAUCUGUGUGAGAAUUCCUACAAAGCAGUGGAUGGCAAGAAGCAAAAGGCAGCUAUGGAUAGCUUUGACAAUACAGGACUCAUGGUGUUGAUCUGCCGCCAUGACAUACCUUUAUUUUUUGCCAAUAUCGACAGUCCUGGCGAGCAACAAAAGUACUCAGUUGCAUUGAUCAACCAUCUCUUUUCAUUGCUACCUCAGAGUGCUACUGUCGUCACUCUCUAUGAUGUGGGGUGUGUCUUAUCAUGGUCGUUAAAUCAGUACGACAUCUUGCCAGACUCUAUCAUACAACGCUUACAGUUUGCAACUACUGCAAUGCACGCCUACGGUCAUGAAUGGGCUUGUCAGCUCGUUUACAAUCCGCGAAUGAUUCGGUCGUCUUCUAGACAACAUCGUCUGUGGUUAAUUGAUCGGCACACUGGAGCAAUUGGCCUUGAGAUGCGUGCCGAUCUCGGGGACUGGAUUAGGCGACGACUCAGGCGCGGUGUGGAGGAUCAAGGUACAGCUGCCCGGAAGCUUCUCGAGGAGUGUGAAGUUGCCGUGAGUGAUUUGCGAAAAGAAUGGGCGAUGCAGAAGGAGUCACAGCUUUCAAUCUGCGCUCAUGCUCUGGCUCGUCUCAAGAAAGAGUUGGAUACCGUCCUUGCUCUGCAAGCGGACCUUGAUGCUUCGGACAAAGCUCUACAGACAACGAGGGACACAAUUGUGAAAGUGCAUGAGCGUCUCAUGCACAAAGUUGAAGUAUUAUAUGCUUCGCUCAAUGUACAGGACAGGUUCCCGGAACUAGACGGCUUGAACCUCGAGUUUGUUCAAACAUUGCUGUUAGCACGCAAUCUCAAGAUGAACAUUCGCAAGCGUGCCAUUGGCAGCUUCUUCGAGUGGGAUAAGCUUGAUCGUGCGGUAGGAGAAUCACAGCAAGCACUGGGUACCAAACUACACCAACAGACUCGAAAAGCAAUUGCAAAACGCCAGCCAGCAUUAAUGGCUGCUCUCCAUAAAUUCAACGCCUAUUGUGAGCGUCUGGAAGCCCUCUAUGAUCCGCAUUGCGGCAUUCCUCUUCCCACACCUCUCCCGACAAAACUAACCGACCUAUGCAACGAUCAGAGUUUGAUGGAAGACAUAUGGAUUACACCUUCCACUGGAAAGGUUCCCUGCUGGUUGGAUGAUCAAGACGUUCGUGAUGGCAUUCGUGCAAUGUUGAAGAGAGAUAGAUGUGUUGAAGAGCAGCAACGUCUUGGGCUGGAGGUGGACAAUCUCUGCAGAUGGUUCGGUGACGAGCUCUCAGCACUAGAACUCGCCCUUUUGACACCAGGUUCACGAUUCGCAUCUCAUGCAACUGAUGCUGUAUCUUUGGCCCACAAACUCUCGGGUGUCUCGGAGGAGCGUCCGCUUCAAUGGAUCAACACAUAUGCUGUCUCAUAUGUUGUGCCUACUGAAGAUGAAGAGCCUGGACCAGAAAUAUUUUCUGACACCGAUCACACAGCUUUGCAACCUGAAGAUGCUGCCCUUGUAGAUAUUCUGACUGCCAGAGUCCCUGGUGGUGAGGAUGACGAUAUCGACAUCAUUGUGAAUGAUCCUGGAGCCGACCUUUGUUGGCGAAUCCCUGAAGACAUCACAUUGGACCGAACACCUCUACCAGAAGCGGGAAUCAUUAUUCCAGGCACCGUCAAAGAACGAGUAUCUGCACCUCGCUUUGGAUGUCCUUGUCAAGUAUUUGAGCCGAAGGAUAUCGUGCUUCUUGCUUCUCGGACUGCACUACUCAAUGACAGUUGCGUUAAUGGGUGUGCAGUGCUUCUUUACUUAGAGGCGGUGCAAUUGUCUCCAAUGGCUGAACAGUAUGCCAUCCUUUCAACCCACGACCUCCCGCGCAUCCGAUACAAUGCCCCUGAUAAUGUUCUAUGGCGCAAUAUGUCUUGGACAUCUUACUGGACGAAAGAGGUGUGGAUUCUUCCCAUCCAUAGGCCUUCAGAUGUCGGCCACUGGGUUCUAUGUGUUGUACACCUUCAAACCAAGGAACUCCAUCUCUUUGACAGCUUCGCUGAGCGGAAGCCAUGGAAAAGUGACACCAAGGACAUCAUGAAAUUGAUUGCUCGUCUUCUGAGUAUCGCUCGACAACAUGAUCAUGUUUUUAAUGUCAACAUCGACUUCGAUGGAUGGCUCGCACAUCCUCUAGUGACUGAUGCACUCCAGACAAACGGCUUUGACUGCGGUGUCUGGGUGCUUGCUGUGAUUGCAGCGACACUGCAUGGGUACCACUGCACGGCUCUCGGAGAGGGAGACAUGCACAUGUUUCGAUAUUAUCUCAGAACACUCGUGCUUCAAAUUCCUGUAUUCUAA